CUUCCUGAUUGGUUACCCAUACUUUCACUACUUCAGUCCAAACACGCUUAACUCUAGAGUUGUAAACGGAGGUGUGACGGAAAAGGUCAAUUGGUGACCGCUUGUCCUUGUGGGAGAGUUGUUAAAAGGUGAUCAGGUCUUGGGUUCGAGUAACGCCAAGCGCACCAAUAACCUACUGGUGGAUGUGGAGGUGUUUCCUCCUCCCACGGUGAAGGGUUAGAAUCGAUGCACUGCGACGCUGUAAAAUCUAGGGUCUGCGGGACAGGUUGUCACAAAAAUCUUGCGACCUCUAUUCGCACCUCCAUCAUCAAGCUACCAGGAAGCGACGGAUCUCGCUCCGACGCCGCAGACACCUACUGCGAGAGCUGGAGAUUGGCUGUCGAGACCAACAACGCCGGAGCAUGGGAUGUGCUUCCAUCGUCGUGCGUUGACUCCGUCGCCCGUUAUUUCAACGGAGAUCAGUACGGUUCCGAUUAUUAUGUCAUCGUCGAUUAUGCGCUGGCCUUCGCUAAAACGGUUAAGAUCUCCGGCGACGGCAAGGACGUGUGGAUCUUCGAUAUCGACGAGACGUUACUCACGAAUAUUGGUUACUACAGAGCUCAUGGCUACGGUGUAUCUAGGUCUGAACCGUUUGACUCCAAAAGCUUCAAUGAGUGGGUGGUACAAGGUACAGCUCCAGCUUUUGCUGCGAGCUUGAGAAUGUACAAUGCUCUCAAGAAACUUGGCUUCACUAUCAUUCUGCUAACUGGUCGGGACGAAGACCAAAGGAGUUUCACGGAGGCAAAUCUCCGAGAUGUCGGUUAUUCUGGUUGGGAAAGGCUUAUCUUGAGAGGUCCUGAUGAUCAAGGGAAGUCAGCUACGAAUUAUAAAUUGGAGCAGCGGUCGAAAUUGAUCGACCAAGGCUUUAAAAUCCAUGGCAACACCGGUGAUCAGUGGAGUGAUCUUCUAGGCUUUGCCGUGGCUGACCGUUCUUUUAAAGUCCCAAACCCGAUGCAUUACAUUCCUUAAUGAUGGACAAUCUCUGAUCUAUGUAUUGAGUAACCAGCUCAUGUGUGACUACUAAUCACAUGUGACAGGUUUUUACA